AGCAGUCGCGAGGCGAUGGUUUGGAGACGGCGCGCGGCGCUCGCUGCCCUUUUCCUCCUCUUCUGCUCUCAUGUGAAGGUGUCGGACGGGUCGGGACAGUUCGAGCUGCAGGUCUUAUCGAUGCACAACGCCAACGGGGAGCUGCAGAGCGGCGCGUGCUGCGACGGCGCGCGGAGCGGCGCGGACAGAAAGUGCGCACGGGACGAGUGCGAUACGUUUUUUAAAGUUUGCCUGAAGGAAUACCAGUCCAGGGUGUCCGCCACGGGGCCCUGCAACUUCGGAAUGGGAUCUACGCCCGUCCUCGGGGGGAAUACGUUUUCUUUCAGGAGCGCAGUCAGGAACGACAAGUCCAGGAUAGUUUUGCCCUUCAGCUUUGCCUGGCCGAGGUCCUACACUUUGAUCGUGGAGGCCUGGAACUUCAACAAUGAAACGAGUGGUGCUGAUGGGAAGCUGAUAGAGAAAUCCUCUCACUCGGGCAUGAUCAACCCCAGCCCACACUGGCAGAAGCUGAGCUGCAACGGCCACGUUGCCCAGUUCGAGUACCAGAUCCGGGUCACCUGCGAUGAGCACUACUACGGCUUCGGCUGCAACAAGUUCUGUCGGCCCCGGGAUGAGUUCUUUGGGCAUUACACGUGCGACUACAACGGAAACAAAACCUGCCUGGAGGGCUGGUCUGGACCUGACUGCAACACAGCUAUUUGUCGACAAGGCUGCAGCGCUGAACACGGGUCGUGUAAAGAGCCGGGUGGAUGCAACUGUCUGUACGGCUGGCAGGGCCAGUACUGCGACAAGUGCAUCCCCCACCCCGGCUGCGUUCAUGGCACCUGCAUAGAGCCGUGGCAGUGCCUGUGCGAGACCAACUGGGGGGGCCAUCUUUGCAAUAAAGAUCUGAACUACUGUGGCACUCACCAGCCAUGCCUGAAUGGAGGGACGUGCAUCAAUACAGGACCUGACAAGUAUCAGUGUAUCUGUGCUGAGGGUUACUCUGGAACCACCUGUCAGAGAGCGGAACACGCCUGUCUCUCCAAUCCGUGCUCUAAUGGUGGGAGCUGCUCAGAAACCAGUCAAGGUUACGAGUGUCAGUGUGCGCCGGGAUGGAGCGGGCCCUCCUGCACUACCAAUAUUGACGACUGCUCUUCGAACCCCUGCAACCACGGGGGUACAUGCCAGGACCUGGUGAACGGCUACAAGUGUCACUGUCCCUCCCAGUGGAUGGGGAAGACGUGUCUGAUAGAUGCCAACGAAUGCGACAGCAAGCCCUGUGUCAACGCCAACUCCUGCCGCAACCUGAUUGGUGGAUACUUCUGCGAGUGCCUCCCUGGUUGGUCGGGGCAGAACUGUGAGAUCAAUAUAAACGACUGCAAGGACCAGUGCCAGAAUGGGGGGACUUGUAAGGACUUGGUAAAUGGCUACCGCUGCACGUGUCUUCCUGGGUUUGCCGGCGAGAACUGCGAGAGGGACGUCGACGAAUGCGCGAGCUCGCCGUGUUUGAACGGCGGUCGUUGUCAGGAUGAAGUGAACGGCUUCCAGUGCCUGUGUCUGACCGGCUUUUCAGGUCAUCUCUGCCAGCUGGAUAUCGAUUACUGCUCGCCCAACCCGUGCCAAAACAGAGCGCCCUGCUUCAACCUGGCCACAGACUACUACUGCGCCUGCUCAGAGGACUAUGAGGGGAAAAACUGCUCCCACCUGAAAGACCACUGCCGCACCACCACGUGUAAAGUGAUUGACAGCUGUACUGUCGCCGUGGCGUCAAACAGCACGCCGGGAGGAGAGCGCUACAUUUCGUCAAAUGUGUGCGGACCUCAUGGCCGUUGUCGGAGCCAAGCCGGCGGCCAGUUCAGCUGCGAGUGCCAGGAGGGCUUCAGAGGCACCUACUGCCACGAGAACAUCAACGACUGCGAGAGCAACCCUUGCAGCAACGGAGGCACCUGCAUCGAUAAAGUCAGCGUGUACCAGUGCAUCUGUGGUGACGGCUGGAAGGGGGACCACUGCGAAAUCAACAUCGAUGACUGCAGCACCAACCCCUGUCAUAAUGGAGGGACAUGUCGAGACCUGGUGUCUGAUUUCUUCUGCGAGUGCAAAAACGGCUGGAAGGGAAAAACCUGCCACUCACGUGAAAGCCAAUGCGACGAAGCCACGUGCAACAAUGGAGGCACCUGCCACGAUGAGGGCGACACGUUUCAGUGCAAGUGUUCCCCGGGCUGGGAGGGUACGACGUGUAAUAUAGCCAAAAACUCGAGCUGCCUUCCCAACCCGUGUGAGAAUGGAGGUACCUGCGUGGUGAAGGGGGAGUCGUUCACCUGCGUCUGCAAGGAAGGCUGGGUGGGCACCACGUGCACCCAGAAUACCAACGACUGCAGUCCCCACCCGUGCUACAACAGUGGGACCUGCGUUGACGGGGACAACUGGUACCGUUGUGAGUGCGCUCCAGGCUUCGCCGGUCCGGACUGUCGAAUCAAUAUCAACGAGUGCCAGUCUUCUCCUUGUGCCUCGGGCUCCACUUGUGUGGACGAGAUCAAUGGAUAUCGUUGCCUGUGUCCAACGGACAGAACUGGACUCCACUGUCAAGAAGAGACAAGAAAGCAUUGCUCUGUUAAUGGACAUGUGACCCUCGAUGGAGCCACAUGGGAGGAAGACUGCAACACUUGCCACUGCUCCAGUGGGAAAGUUGUGUGCACAAAGAUGUGGUGUGGCCCCAGGUCGUGCAAACUUGGCGCCAAAGGCCGAGGCGGCUGUCCACCAGGCCAGAGCUGCUUGCCUCUCAGGGAAGGCCACUGCUUUGUGAAGCCGUGCGUUGAGCUCGGAGAGUGUUGGCGCCCCAACUCUCCCCAGCCUCCCAUCAAAUGCCACCCCAGCUCCUCUUACCAGGACAGCAGCUGCGCCAACAUCACCUUCACCCUAAAGAAGGAGACCAUGCCUCAAGGCUUGACUGUGGAAGGAGUCUGUAAGCAGCUGAGGCGUUUGCAUGUAGUCAAGAAUUUUUCCUUGGAGCAUUCUGUGUCCAUAACCUGUGACCCGUCGUUCUCGGCGAGUAACGAGAUCCACGUCUGCAUUUCUGCUGAAGAUCAUCGCUUGGACCGCAGCCCCGUUAAAGAGAUCAUAGAUCGAAUAAUCGGCCUGGUCAGCAAACGGAGCGGGAACAACACCAUCAUCUCUGCCAUCGCAGAAGUCCGCGUGCCAAAGCCCAACAAAACCGACUACCUGGUGCCGCUCCUCAGCUCCGUUUUCAUCGUCAUCUGGGCGCUCGUGCUGCUCUUUGUUUUUCUGUGGUGCGUGCGGCGGCGGCGGAAGCAGAGCAGCCACGGCGGGACGUCGCCAACGGGCUCCGAGGACAACACGACCAACAACGUGCGGGAGCAGCUCAACCAGAUCAAAAACCCCAUAGAGAAGCACGUGGGCCUCACAGUGGCCAUCAAAGACUACGAGAGCAAGAACUCAAUCAUAGCCAAUAUAAGGACGAAUCAUUCUGAAGGGGAUGAGGACGACAAGGAGAGGCACCUACAGAAGGGCCGCUUUGCCAAGCAGCCAGCAUACACACUGGUGGAGAGGGACGAGAAGGCGCCCAUCUCCAAUCCCAACCCAACGUCCAAGCAUCCUAACUGGACUAAUAAACAGGACAACAGAGACUUGGAGACGGCAAACAGCAUAAACAGGAUGGACUACAUCGUAUAGCAGACAGCUGUGUUGCUGUGCAACCAAGCGUUAUUCCUUCACACCCAGGUGGUGGGUGAAACCGGGGAGCUUUGGCACGUGUAGUUUCUGCACGCUCGUGCCACUCGAGACCCCACAGUAUUUUCAGAUUUUUCCCCGUGUUAAUUUAAGUUUUGACAAGCUGGCUUACACU